UCUCUCCGGUGUGUUGGUUUUCUGUUUCUCUUUCUCUCCGGUGUGUUGGUUUUCUGCGUCUCUUUCUCUCCGGUGUGUUGGUUUUCUGUUUCUCUUUCUCUCCGGUGUGUUGGUUUUCUGUUUCUCUUUCUCUCCGGUGUGUUGGUUUUCUGUUUCUCUUUCUCUCCGGUGUGUUGGUUUUCUGCGUCUCUUUCUCUCCGGUGUGUUGGUUUUCUGCGUCUCUUUCUCUCCGGUGUGUUGGUUUUCUGCUUCUCUUUCUCUCCGGUGUGUUGGUUUUCUGUUUCUCUUUCUCUCCGGUGUGUUGGUUUUCUGUGUCUCUUUCUCUCCGGUGUGUUGAUUUUAUCACAGACUCCGUUUCACGUUUCGAUUCUCUCUCGAUAUAAACCGGAGUCACCCGGAACAAACUUGGGGGAGGACCUGGAAGAGCCGGACGCAACACCCGCCCUCUGCGAGAUCCACUCGUCCCACCCUAAAACAGUCCCGCGGGAAACGCGGCAGUGAAUGACAAUGAGUUCCGAUGCGCUGUUAGUUUCAGGUCCGGCUGUGACCAUGUCUUCCAGCCCAGCCCCCCAGCUGCUGGCGAUAGAGGGAUCUGUGAAUGCUGUGCCAGAGCCCCCCGGCGUCGGGGAGGCCCGGAGCGCCGCGCUGGAGCGCUGCCUGCGGGUCCUGAGAGGCGCUGCGAGUGAUAGCGAGCAGUUUGCAGCGCUGCUGCUGGUCACUAAACUGGCUCAGGCUGGUGAACUCUCCCCCUCGACCCGGCGUCGUAUUUUUGACGCUGUAGGUUUCUCCCUGCCGAACCGGCUGCUGGUUACCGUGGAGACGCCACCGGACUGUCCCCCCCACCUGUUCCGCUCGCUGGCUGUGUCUCUCCUCGCCGGGUUCAGCACCGACCCGGGCCUGGCAGCACACCCAGAACUCAUCAACAAGAUCCCCCUGCUGCUGGAAAUGGUGUCAGCAGAACCGGAACCGGGCCAGGAGAGACCCAGGAGAGACCAGCCAGGACCAGAGCUGCCUGAGCAGAGUGCAGCAGAACCAGCACAGGACGGGGCCAAGAGAGACGAGCCAGGACAUGGAGAUCCCCACGCACCUGGACAGGCUGAAGCCAGUCACAGCCACUGCAGAGGAGCCGCGCAGCAGGGGGAGUUCCGACAGACCCAGCUGUGUCCGGACCUGGCCACUAUCCAGGACAGCUACCAGUGUCUGACAGCGCUGGCUCUCUCCCCCCGGGGCCCACGGGUCCUGCUGUCCCGCGGGGCGGUACCAGCCCUCUGCCGGGCCCACACCCAGCGCUACCCCGGCCACGCCCUGGCCCUGCCGGUCCUGACCCGCAUCCUGAGCGGCGCCGGGCCCGCGGCCUGGCAGAGACACGAGGAGGAGCUGACCCGGCUGCUGGUGCUGCUCAGCUCGGAAUUCGCGAGGUCCGGAGACAGCAGCAAGUUCACGCUGUGUGAGGCUCUGCCGCACUUCCUGCCUCCCCCAGCGGGGGCAGCACGGCCCAGUCUGCGGCCCAGUCUGGACGCCCUGUGUGCCGGGCUGAGGGAGGUUCUGGGGGCCCGGCUCAGUGUGGCCCAGAGAGACCCGGCGCUGAGGCUCGCUGCCUGCCUGUUGGACGGGUUUGGAGCAGAGUGGCUAGCUGGUUUUGGUCCUGAUUCUGGUCAGUUCCUGGCCCUGCUGGUGAACCUGGCCUGUGUGGAGGUCCGCAUGGCCCUGGAGGAGCCAGAGCCCGAUUCUGGUACUGCUCGAAGGGAGACGGUCACUGCCUGCUACCGUAUUCUGGAGUUUGGCAUGGAGGCCUGCAGCCUGGGGCUCACCUGCCAGGACGCCCCCCCAGGGAAACCCCCAUCUGGACUGCUCACACUGGAGCAGAGCCGGCAGGUGCUGGGAGUCAUGGAGGAGGCUGUCGCAGCCGUCAUCUUCUACCUGGCCCAGGUGGCCCCGGUCCGGUACCGAGACCCGUUUGUCUUUGCCUCGGUCCGGCUCCUCUGCGCCUGGCUAGCUGAAGAGACUUCCUCCCUGAAACAGGAAGUGUGCGAUUUGCUGCCCUUCCUGAUUGGCUACAGCAGAGCGCUGUUCGAAGGAGAGGAGCGGGACCACGGCCUGACCAAUCAGAUGGAUGAGCUGAGUGUGACGGACAGCAGGGAGGGUGGGGAUUGGCCUGGCGACGCUCUGAGGUUCCUGCUGCCUGGUCUGUGUCACCUCUCUGUGGAGGAGGGCCCCCGCGCUGUACUGCUGUCCCAGGACUCCCCCACCCUGCUCCUGCGCUACCUUUCUCACCUGUGGGACCGGCUGGUGGGGGCGGGGGGCUGCCAGGACCAGGCCAGCCUGCAGACAGCCUGCUCCGUGUUCCUGAACCUAACCAUCACUGAACCAGAGAUUGUCCGGACAGACCCCAGCUUCUCCAGUCUGCAGGCCCUCCUGAUGGACUCGCUCCCCUCACUCAUACAGAAGGCCCCCCUCCUGAUCCUGGCUGCAAACUUCUGCACCCUGGGGUUGCUUAUGGCACGCCUGCUGGCCGGGACACCAGCUCUCCAGGACAGUGCUCAGUGUCGCCGGUUUGCCCGCUCCGCUGUGCUCUUCCUCUCCCGCGCUCACACCCUGGAUUCAGGCGGUGCUGGGAGGGGGGUGGUGCGCUCAGCUCGGUACUCGGAGUGCUGGGAGGAUGUGGGGGAGCUGUGGUUCCUGGGGAUGCAGGCUCUGGGGGGCUGCGUGGCUGAGCUACCCUGGCUGGCGGACACGGUGCUGCAGAGUGGCUGGCUGGGGGACGCUCUGGAGAUGCUGAGAGCCUGCCCUGCACUGGCAGAUCCGGACCUGAGGGGGGCGCUGCAGGCUGUGCUCACUCCCCUGGCUCAGCACAGCCAGGCAUGCCGCGACUUCAUCCGCAAGCAGCAGGGGGAGGUUAUAGCCAAACUGCACGGCAUGACAGAGCUGCAGCGCCACCUAGCAGGGACAGGCUGAAGUGCAAGGACAGACCAGGGAUUGGAGUUGUUAAAACUGUUCCAGAAAUCUUUUCUUUUUAAAACAUGAGAUAUCAGUGUGAGUGCGACACGCAGAGAUUACAGCUUUCCACACACUGACACACACACACACACACACACACACACACACACACACUGACACACAGAGACACAGCACAGAGACACUGACACAGACACACAGAGACACGUGUUUCUUUGAGAGCUGCGUGUCGCUAAUGGAAAGUUUGUGGGAUUGUCACUGUGAGCAGAUCUGCACUGAGCGGGAGCAGUUCAGCUGGGUUUUGUAUUUCAUGAUGAAACAGCACUUCAAUCCCAAGAGACUGAUGAGACUGAUUCAGUGCUUUCCUUGUAACAGCCCUCUUUCCAUUCACAGUUCAGUGUUGUUGUGCGUUUAUAAAUAUUACUGUGAGGGAGGCGUUUGAUUCAGACCCCCGGAUACCCUGACAAGCGUUUCUACACCAAUAAAACAAAGCGAGCAGUG